UAAGUUCACUCGAUUAUUUGGUUGUUGAGUUGGCAACGUUGCUUCAAGCGUACAAAGUGCGCGUGCAACAGCAACUAUAAGAAUGUCGCUCACCUGUGCAAUUUCCAACGAUGUGCCGGAGCAUCCAGUGAUAUCACCAGUAUCAGGAUCCGUUUUUGAAAGGCGUUUAAUUGAAAAAUAUAUAGGUGAAAAUGGUUUAGAUCCUAUAAAUGGCCAAGAGUUAAGCAUCGAUCAACUUAUUGACAUCAAAACAACACCAAUCGCCAAGCCCAAACCGCCAAGCGCUACAUCCAUACCCGCUAUUUUGAAAAUUUUACAAGACGAAUGGGACGCGGUAAUGUUACAUUCAUUCACAUUGAGGCAGCAAUUGCAAACUGCACGUCAAGAACUUUCACAUGCAUUGUAUCAACAUGACGCGGCAUGCAGAGUUAUUGCCAGAUUAACAAAGGAAGUAACAGCGGCUCGAGAAGCUUUAGCUACAUUGAAGCCGCAAGCGGGCAUCGCACAGGCUACCAUUCCUCAACCGGCAAUCGCUGCCGAAGCUGGUGGUAUUGCAAUGCAACCUUCCGAACAAGCUGGAAUCACGGAAGAUAUUAUUCAAAAAUUACAAGAGAAAGCAACGGUUCUCACACAAGAGCGAAAACGUCGAGGUCGAUCUGUGCCAGAAGAUCUCUUAUCGCAAGAAAAUAUUCGAUCGUUCCAAACACUUGCGUCUCAUCCAGGUCUUCAUUCAGCAAGUGUUCCUGGUAUAUUGGCCUUGGAUAUACAUGCUGGUGAUACAAGUAAAAUUUUAACAGGAGGAGCGGAUAAAAAUGCAACAGUAUUCAACAAAGACACUGAGCAAAUUAUUGCUGUUUUAAAGGGUCAUACAAAGAAGGUCACACGAGUCAUAUACCAUCCAGAAGAAGAUAUAGUAAUGACAACAUCACCCGAUACAACGAUUCGAGUAUGGAAUGUAGGAACUUGCCAAACGACUCUUUUGUUACGAGCUCAUGAUGCUCCUGUAACUGGUCUAUCGUUACAUCCUACUGGCGAUUAUUUACUUAGUUCAUCUCUCGAUCAGCAUUGGGCAUUCUCUGAUAUUCGUACUGGUAGAUUAUUAACUAAGGUUGCUGGCUUAGGCAGUCAACCUCUAACAACUGCUCAAUUUCACCCCGAUGGCUUGAUUUUUGGAACUGGAACAGCAGACUCACAAGUUAAGAUUUGGGAUUUGAAAGAGCAAUCUAAUGUGGCAAACUUCCCUGGACACUCGGGACCAAUUACAGCCAUUAGCUUUUCGGAAAACGGUUAUUAUUUAGCGACAGCUGCCGAAGAUUCUUGUGUCAAACUUUGGGAUUUACGUAAAUUAAAGAAUUUUAAAACUUUACAAUUAGACGAAUCCUAUGAAGUUAAAGACAUUUGCUUUGAUCAAAGUGGUACCUAUCUAGCGGUUGCUGGAUCAGAUGUUAGAAUUUAUUUAUGUAAAAUGUGGAAUGAACUGAAGAUACUGAACGAUCAUACAGCUCUUGCCACUGGAGUGCGGUUUGGCAAGAAUGCUCAUUACAUUGCAUCAACAAGCAUGGAUCGUACAUUAAAACUCUAUGGUGUACUUUAGUUAUAGAUCGUUGUAAAUUUAUUAUAAAACUUUUAAUUUAGAUACAAUCUAACCAAGCUAUGAAUGUGGCUGAUUAAUUCAGAAUAUGAUUUUAUACAAUUUUUUGUAUAGGAAUAAAUGUGUG